GCUGCUGCGGCUGUCUCGGCGACAGAUGAUGAUGUCUUUAACUAGGGUGGUGCCAGAGGAGACAGAGAGGAGUGGACAGGUCCAGGUAACUCAGGAAGUGAAAUCGAACAGAGCUAGUGACAGAAAAAUAGCUCUACGGCAAAUAAAGAGAAUCUGGGAAGAAAAAAUAUGGGUGUUGGCAAAAGACUAUUUUGCACCUUAAUCCACCAGGCGUUUUCCUCAACCCCGUCGCCUCUAUAUAAGGAGAUGACAGUAAAACAAGGGGCGGGGCAGGCGCCCACAAAAAUCCGGGUACUUUUUAUUUAAAAGAAGUGCACGUCAGCAGAGAGAAUACAGAACGCAAGGCACUUCCGGUUACUCCGGAUGUGAAGACUCCAAAGCUCCUCCGCCUGCGGAGGGCCAGGGUGAAGGGAUGGCCGGGCAGACGGCGCGGCUGGUGCUGCUAGCAGGGGCAGCCGCACUAGCCAGCGGCUCCCAGGGCGACCGCGAGCCGGUGUACCGCGACUGCGUGUUCCUGUGCGAGGAGCGGAACUGCUCAGGGGGCGCACUGAAGCACUUCCGCUCCCGCCAGCCAAUCUACAUGAGUCUAGCAGGCUGGACCUGUUGGGACGACUGUAAGUAUGAGUGUAUGUGGGUCACCGUUGGCCUCUACCUCCAGGAAGGUCACAGAGUGCCUCAGUUCCAUGGCAAGUGGCCCUUCUCCCGGUUCCUGUUCUUCCAAGAGCCAGCUUCUGCCGUGGCCUCUUUUCUCAAUGGCCUGGCCAGCCUGGUGAUGCUCUGUCGCUACCGCACUUCUGUGCCAGCCUCCUCUCCCAUGUACCCGACCUGUGUGGCCUUUGCCUUGGUCUCUCUCAAUGCUUGGUUCUGGUCCACAGUCUUCCACACCAGGGACACCGACCUCACAGAGAAAAUGGACUACUUCUGUGCCUCCACCGUUAUCCUACACUCAAUCUAUCUGUGCUGUGUCAGGACCGUGGGGCUGCAGCGCCCGACUGUGGCCAGUGCCUUCCGGGCCCUCCUGCUGCUCAUGCUGACCGCGCACGUCUCCUACCUGAGUCUCAUCCGCUUCGACUAUGGCUACAACCUGGUGGCUAAUGUGGCUAUCGGCCUGGUGAACUUAGUGUGGUGGCUGGCUUGGUGCCUGUGGAAUUGGCGUCUGCCUCACGUGCACAAGUGCAUGGUGGUGGUCCUGCUGCUGCAGGGGCUGUCCCUGCUGGAACUCCUGGACUUCCCGCCUCUCUUCUGGGUCUUGGAUGCCCACGCCAUCUGGCACAUCAGCACCAUCCCUGUCCAUGUCCUCUUUUUCAGCUUUCUGGAAGAUGACAGCCUAUACCUGCUGAAGGAAUCAAAGGCCAAGUUCAAGAUGGACUGAAGGCCCUGGGAGCGGGACUGCCCUACUGGGGAUUCUGCCCCCUCCCUGUUGGCUCUCCUCUCUCCAGUCCUUGAGAUGAUUUAUUUUUUCCCUUUUGCAUCUUGAACUUAGACAUGAAGGGUGUGGGCCCAGAAUCAUGUCACCUGCCCAUUGCUCACUCCACAUGGUUCUCACAGGUCUUGGCAUCUGUUAGGGCCUGGCCUCUAAGCAUCUAGGGAUAGAGAACGGGUAGCCCCUCUGGUUCCUGAGCUGAACUGGAGUGGAGCUGUAUUCUUAGCCACUGAGAGGAGAGCUGCCUCUGCCUCUCUGUCAGCCUCCUCCUCAUCCCCUCACUGCCUAGGUGGUUCCCCUAGCCCUCUGGCUAGCUGGGAGACCAGGUGGUACCAAGCGUCUAGGGAUCUUUUGUUACCCCCAUGCCCUCCUCCAGGGACCACUAGGUGGCACUAGACACUUGCUCUUUGGCUGCCCACGUUUUAAGGCAGGUGGCAUUUCCCCCUUGGGUUCUUGAGGGACCAAGCUGUUGGGAUUGAGGAGCAGUCUCACCCUGACUAUUGCCUUGGCCAGACCCCUAGGCGGCCUCGUCACACUCCCCAUUUUGGGCCAGGACCCCAGAGAGCCCAGGACAAGAGUGCCCCUGGCCUCUGUGUUGGUGUUCUGGUUGGGAACCUACACACAAGUAUGUAAGAGAGUGUGGAUCAGACCAAGUGUGUAGGUGAUAGGGUGGUGAGCACAGGCCUGGGGUGUGUGGAAUGCUGGGUAGGACAGUGUGUUUGAGCUCUGGCCUGGUACAGUGUGGAGAGUGGUUUUAAAGUGUGUGUGUUGGGGUGGGGGUUAGUAUAAGUUAGAGGAGUAUACAUAGACUGAGCGUGAGUGCAGAUGAGUGUACCACAUAGGGGACUUUGGAGCAGGAUGAGAAUCAAGUCACAAUCACCAACCAUUUAUUGAGCACCAACUCUGCAAAGCCCCAGGCCAGGCAGAAAGCCAGAGUAUCCCCAAGAUCUGGCUGGGGGUAUGGGUGUCCAGGCUGUAUGUUUGUAUAUGUGUUUGUAUAUGUGUUUCUGUCUGUAAAAAAAGGCCCCCUUUGCAAACCACAUAGGGCACCUACACAACUCAAGAUCACCUUCCAGAAUGAGCAACUUGGGAGGCAGAAGGAAGAGGGAAAAUGGGCAUUCUCCGGGCCCCUCCAGCCCAGUGCCCUGCCUACUAAGCCCCUUUGCCACAGCCUGGACCCUGGGGAAGGGUAGGGGCAAUCUGAGGGAGGAGGGGAAAAGGCUUGUGGCUGGGUCUGGUUUCUAGCCUUCCCAGAGGCAGGCGGCAGCUGUGCUGUGCCUGCCCCCCACUAAAGGUGACCCUGUCAGUUGCUGGCAGCUCUGGGAUAGAUGCGGAGCUCCAGAAACUUUCCAUCCUAAGGCAUUCCCUGUAAUUAGAACAGGGACAGGGCAUCUCUUGCUCUUUCCCGGCUGCCUUGUCCCUCCCUGGGGUAGGGGCACUAUGCUAAGACUCCAGCCAAAGGGACUGGGGUGGCCUGUGUUAAUUUCUUUUGAUACUGAGAAAUAUUUUAAGGUUGGAGGGUAGCAAGAGACAUUCUUAAUAAACCAUUUUCCAACCUCA